CAACGACCAUUGUUGUCUAUGUGGCUACAUCCUCGGGGUCUUUAUACGCCACAUUAUUGCAACUACCGUGUGCGUUCCGCUUUCUCAGGGCUCGUGGUGGAGUGCUCAAGGCGGACAAGGAUCUUCAGGGACCGUCUCGGGUGAACAUUCCGCGCAGCAAGGGCCUGGAGUUUUUGCUCAGCAUCUCGCUCCCUACUUGCAGCUGCAUCUGGAUAUCAGUUGGUGCUUGUUGACCGACCGCUCUUUUCUUCUUUCCUGCUCACGGAUUAUAUCUGCCAGACAUCUCGCCCAUUGCUUCAUUAUUGCGCUUUCUCGUCCUACAAAUAGCAACGAUGUUCCU